AUGGCCACCCUCAGUGUCCUGGCCUUUGACGCUGAGGGUCGCGCCAUUGACUUUGCGGUCUGGGUCGAGGACCUGCAGCUGUACUUGCAGUGCGAAUCAAAAGAUGACAUCUCUCUCUUUGACUUUGCCUCUGGCGCUGUCCUUGCCCCUCCUGCUGAUGCUGACCCCACUGUUCGAUCCAAAUGGGCCACACGCGAUGCUGCUGCACGUCUUGCUGUGCGUCGCCACCUCCCUUCCUCCGAGCGUGCCCACUUUAGUCAGUGCAAGACCGCUCAGGCCUUGUACGACGCUGUAGUUGCGCGCUACUCCUCCCCUUCCACUGCUACACUGAGCCGCCUCAUGCUACCGUACCUCUUCCCUGACCUUGCUGCCUUUCCCACAGUCACUGACCUCUUUACCCACCUUCGCGCUAGUGACACUCGCUACCGAGCUGCGCUUCCCGCUGCCUUCCUCGCCGAAAACCCCCCUCCCAUGUACAUCACCCUCUACUUUCUAGUCACCCGUCUCCCUGAGUCCCUUCGUGCUGUUAGGGACCAGUUUCUCUCUGUCUGUCCCACCACCCUCACUGUCGACCUCCUCGAGAAGUCCCUGCUAGCGGCCGAGAAGAGCAUAGUCGCUGUAGGGGCCUCUCGUGGUGACCCGCGCACCCCCAUCUUUGAGGGGUGUUCUCCUUCCCCCCUGUUACCCUCUGUCGCCUCUGCUGUUGCGGCCGACCUCGUUGGUUUAGAGUCGGUCGGUGCGGCGUCUGCCCCCAGCGGUAGGCGCCGCUCUGGCAGGAGCAAGGGGGGCAAUGGAGCGGGUGGAGCUAGCGGGGGUGGUGGCGGAGGAGGUGGGGGCGGCGGGGGGAGUGGGGGUGGCGGUGGGGGUGGAGGCGGGAGUGGAGGUACUGGUGGCGGCAGUGGAGGCGGAGGUGGCGGCGGAGGUGGUGGCGGAGGUGGCAGUGGGAGCGGCGGGGGCGAGGGUGGCGGUGGCGGCGGAGGCGGGGGUGGCGAUGGUGGAGGUGGUCGGAGUGGCUCGUCCCAGAGGAGCAGCACUGGGGGUGGUCAGCGCCAGCAGCAGCAGCAGCAGCAGCAGCAGCAGCAGCAGCAGCAGCAACAGCAGCAGCAGCAGCGCUCUCGCGACGUCCCCGCCCCUCAGCAGCUCCGUGAGUGGUACUCGCAGCGUCAGCGUGGUGGGGCGUUCGGUCCCUGCACCUACGUCCUUCGCACCGGCGACCGCACGGGUAAGCAGUGUGGGGGCACCCACACCGCUCGCCGCUGCUUUGCCCGCUUGACCGACGCUUGGCGCCAGCAGUUUCCGGAGGCAUCUGAGAUCCCCCGCUGGGGAGAGCUGUCUAGGGCUGGUGUAGCUGUUUUUGAUCUUGACUUUGAUGCUAUCCUUGCUGCCAUGUAUUCUGUGACUGUUAGUGAUGAUGGUGACUGUUACCGGUGUUUCCCGCCCGACCCGGGCAUUGGUACUGCUGCGUCAUGUGCCAGUGAGGCUGCUGCUCUAGGUGCCAGUGUGUCUGUGCUCUCAAGUACUAGUGAGUCUGCCCUUUCAGGUACUGUGUCGGCUUCUGCCUCUCACACUUUCACCCUUGACUCUGGAGCUUCUCGCUCCUUCUUUCGGGACCGCACCACUCUCACGCCGCUUAGUCGGCCUAUUGUGGUGUCCUUGGCAGACCCCUCUGGGGGUCCUGUCUUGUCUCGUUUCUCCACAGUCCUCCCGUGUCCGGCGGCUCCCUCUGGCACCCUGACUGGUCUUUACCUCCCCUCGUUCUCUACAAACCUGGUGAGUGGUGCUGACCUACAGGAUGUGGGUGUCCACUA